CUUUAAAACAAGCGUAGCCCUCUGAAACACUCCAGAAGAAGAGGUCAUGCACCAUUUGCAGCUAUUCAUUGGAAUACGUUGACCAUGGAAUAUAUUACUGCUGUAUGGCCAUAAGGGCCAUACCGCCAACAAGGAACAACUACCACUGACGGGGCUCUAGAGGGGCCCCACAUCUGACUAUCCCCAUAAAACACCCAAGAAGAAGAAGAAGAAGAAGACCUCCCUUGGCAUUACUUGUUCAGUGCGUAGAAGUAAAGCAAUAAGAAGUGGUGCAGUCAACCAUGGCAAUGAUGGAGGAGCAGCAAGGAGCAGGGCAGGAGCUGGAGGCUGAUAUGGGAGCUGGUGGACCAAUGCUUAUACAGACACUGGAGCAAAAUGGAAUCUUGGCUGCUGAUGUAAAAAAACUGGAAGAAGCUGGAUUUUAUACUGUAGAGGCUGUAGCAUUUGCUCCAAAGAAAGCCCUCCUUAGUAUCAAAGGCAUUAGUGAAGCAAAAGCUGACAAAAUUCUCAAUGAAGCCACAAAAUUAGUUCCAAUGGGUUUCACGACUGCAACAGAGUUUCAUCAAAAGCGUGCAGAUCUGGUACAACUAACAACUGGCUCCAAAGAACUUGAUAAGCUACUUGGGGGUGGAAUAGAGACUGGCUCCAUCACAGAAAUAUUUGGUGAAUUCCGCACUGGCAAAACACAACUUUGCCACACAUUAGCAGUCACCUGUCAGCUUCCACUUGAAAUGGGUGGUGGAGAAGGAAAGUGUCUUUACAUAGACACUGAAGGAACAUUCAGACCUGAACGACUGGUCGCAACAGCUCAAAGGUACCAGCUACAGGAAGCAGAUGUUCUUGACAAUGUAGCUUAUGCCCGAGCAUACAACUCCGACCACCAGUCAACGCUAUUGAUUCAAGCAGCUGCUAUGAUGGCAGAGUCAAGGUAUGCUCUAUGCAUAGUAGACAGUGCUAUGGCUCUCUACAGAACAGACUAUGCAGGCAGAGGAGAACUAUCUGCCAGACAAAUGCAUCUAGCAAGAUUUCUGCGAAUGCUUCUGAGACUAGCAGAUGAGUUUGGAGUGGCUGUGGUGAUAACCAACCAGGUGGUGGCACAGGUGGAUGGAGCAUCCAUGUUUGCAGCUGACCCUAAGAAGCCCAUUGGAGGCAACAUCAUGGCUCACGCCUCAACAACCAGAUUGUACCUGAGGAAGGGCAGGGGAGAAACGAGAAUUUGUAAAAUCUAUGAUUCUCCUUGUCUACCAGAAGCUGAAGCGAUGUUUGGAAUCUUUAAUAAUGGAAUUGGUGAUGUACAGGACUGAGUUGCUCUUGAUGAAUUUGUCACUGGCUUUCUACAAUAUUAUAUGCUAUUUUGCAAUGAUUUUUCUACUUCAUUUUAAGGCUAAUAUAAAUUCUGAACUAAAGUAGUAAGCUUUCAUAUACAUGUAUAUGCUUUAAUAACUUCUGUUGCCUAUUUUUCUAAAACCUAAGUAAAUUUAAGUUUUCACAGUUCCCUUAGUAAAUGAAAGUUUUCAUAUUUCCCAUAGUAAAUGUAAGUUUUCAUAUUUCCCAUAGUAAAUGAAAGUUUUCACAUUUCCCAUAGUAAAUGUAAGUUUUCAUAUUUCCCAUAGUAAAUGUAAGUUUUCAUAUUUCCCAUAGUAAAUGUAAGUUUUCAUAUUUCCCAUAGUAAAUGUAAGUUUUCAUAUUUCCCAUAGUAAAUGAAAGUUUUCAUAUUUCCCAUAGUAAAUGUAAGUUUUCAUAUUUCCCAUAGUAAAUGUAAGUUUUCAUAUUUCCCUUAGUAAAUGUAAGUUUUCAUAUUUCCCUUAGUAAAUGUAAGUUUUCAUAUUUCCCAUAGUAAAUGAAAGUUUUCAUAUUUCCCAUAGUAAAUGUAAGUUUUCAUAUUUCCCAUAGUAAAUGUAAGUUUUCACAUUUCCCUUAGUAAAUGUAAGUUUUCAUAUUUCCCAUAGUAAAUGUAAGUUUUCAUAUUUCCCAUAGUAAAUGUAAGUUUUCACAUUUCCCAUAGUAAAUGUAAGUUUUCAUAUUUCCCAUAGUAAAUGUAAGUUUUCAUAUUUCCCAUAGUAAAUGUAAGUUUUCAUAUUUCCCAUAGUAAAUGUAAGUUUUCAAAUUUCUUUAGUUUUCCAUUUAUGCACCUAUGUAGUGUAGUGAUGAACACAUUUAGCUACGAAUUCCCGGGCCCAGGUAUGAAUCCCAGCCCAGGCAGUCAGCGUACAGCCCACCCAGCUGUUCAUCCUCCCUUUCAGGUUGGUCAGUAAAUGGGUACCUGGAGAAGGUAAACUCUGGAAACCUGGAUGCACAGUUGGCUUAUUUGCAGUGGGGUGUUGUAGAUCCCUAUUAACAUCAAUUUUUAUUUUCUUACCUUAAUUGGGCAGAAGGGUGACUUAGCUGUUUUAAAUGCCUAUUUGCAAGGAGAAUCUGACAAUGAUUGCUAUAAAAAUAAGAUAAUAUUAAAGAUAUGUACAUAAAAUUUGUAUAUUUUUGGGCAUAGUGAAGCUAUAGCAUAGUUAUCGGAUAAAAUAUACAAAAGACCCCGUGUAAAUGCUUUAAUGUUGCCCACUAUGGGAUGUAUUUUCCAAACUAAAAUAAAAAGUGGCACUCUG